CCGGUUCGGUUUAAACCGGACCGGAUUGACCCAGUUUUUUACAACCAUAUUGGACAACAGCACGACCGAGGACGGGAUUGGAUUGGUACCCGGUUUUGACCAACCGGACUGGAUGCAAUACGGUCCGAUCCGGUUUCAACACAAAAACCGUUUACCCUUGUUCCCUUUCCAAAACGCCGUCGUUAAAAGAAAGUUGAACCAAAAAUAAAAUUAAAAAUUAAACAACCGCAACCUCUGCUCUUUGGACGACGAGACUUCUCUCUCUCGCAAAACACAACCAUCCCCAAAUUCCCACUUCCUUCUCCCAAUCCCCCAGAGAAACCCGACCAAAUUCCUCUCCUCCCUCCUUUACUUUUCUUCUCUUUCUUCCUCCAAACAAUCUUGAACUUUCUUCAUACUUCGCCAUCCUCGUUGACCUCGCCUCCGCGAUGAAUCUUCAGACGGUGCCUCCGCCAACAGAGCGGCGUCUUCCCGUCCCUGAAUCUUGCCACGGAUUUGCCGCCUCCGACAAUGCCCAACAGAGUCCCGAGGGAACGAAAACGAGGAAGCAGUAUAGAAGGAAGAAGAAAGAUCGGUGGCGUGUGAUUGAAAGGAUUUUGGUGCAUGCAGAACGCGACGAAGAAGAGCUGGAGAUGAGAAUCAAGAUUCAUCGACGGUUGUGGCUUGAUCGAGUUCUUCUCCUCUCGACUUCCUCUUCUUCUUCUUCUUCUUCUUCUUCUUCUUCUUCUUCUUGUGGUGUGAGAGCCGACGACUGGAGCGUCCAGGUCGUCGUUGUCGCAUAGCCGGUGAGAGAGAGCGGAGAGAUGGGUGAGAGAUCGAGAGGCAGAGAGAUGGGUUGAUGGAGAGGUAAGUGGCAGCCGCUGAAAUUAGGGUUUGGGGUGGGUUACAAACUUACAACUCUCGGGCUUGGGCUUGGGCUGGGUUGGGCUUUGGGCUGAGGUGUGGGCUGCCGUCGGGUUGGGCUGGGGUUUGGGUAUGGGCUGGGUAUAUUUCUGUUUCCCGGUUUCCGGUUAAAACCGGGUAAAUUUUGACCUGGACCGGGGCGGUUAUUUAGCCUUAACCUCAGACCGCAAACUGGAUUGGGUUUGUGAGAAUCCGGUUUCCGGUUACAACCGAGGCGGUUUAAACUGGGCGGUUUCCGGUAUGACCGGAAAACCGCGACCGGAUUCCCAGCCCUAGUUCUCAUUAUUCCUUUACGAGUUGGCGUUGCUAUCCGCAUGAGCUCCAUCUGGCAGAUAGCUGGAUUUAUUCAUAAUUUUUUCUAAACAUGAAAGAAACAGAGCCAUAUAUCGUGUUGGCAAUGGUGUACAUUCGGGUUCGGUUUUUCGGGUUUACCCGAAACCGACCCGAUUAUAUACAUUUCUGGUUUUUUCGGGUUCGGGUUCGUUUCGGGUUUCGGGUUUUUAGGUUUCGGGUUCGGUUUUGCUUAUCGGUUUUUCGGGUUCCGGCUAAAAACUCCAAUGAAUAGAACUCACCCGUAUUUUAAGGCGUUCGGGUUUUCAAGUUUCGAUUUUACUUUAACCAAACCCGAAUCCGUUAAGGAAUUUUCGGGUUUCGGGUAACUAGAACCCACAAGUCCUUAUCGGGUUCGGAUUCGGUUUUAGUGAUUUUUCGGUUUCGAGUUUUCGGAUUUUUUCGGGUUUCGGUUUGGGUAACCGAACCCGACCCGAACUGACACCCCUAGUUGGCAUGAGGAAUUGAGCAAUGGUAAAGCUAACUUUUUUUUAACAACAAUGGUAAUGUUAUUCUUAAUGACACUCUACUGGCCUCUUUAAAAAGAGACAAAAUGGAUACUACGCCCUUAUUUCGUAGUCAUACCUUUCAGGGAACGGAUCAUGUCAGUAAUCUUAUGUGGGUAAUCAUGAGUAACCCGUCCACAUCAGCAUGACAUCAGUACCCAUCUCUUUCCUGGAAAGUCUUUAAUUUUCCUUUCCUUAAUCUUUGACGGAAGAUUUCUCACUCGUUUUAAGUCAAAAUUUAAUUUUUUUACACACUUAGAUCAGAUUAAUCGUGCUCUUCAAAAUGAUAUCCAAUUUGAUAUAUUUCUCGAACAAAAAAAAAUUGAGCCAUUUUUUACCAGUCUAUACCAUAUGGUAUUGACUGGUAUUGAAAUAAGAGCAUACCUAUGGUUUGAAAAGCGUAUCAUGGUGGUAUGAACAAACCAAGACUGUAGGAUGGUUGAAUACAUGAUAGUAAAAAUAUAUUAAUUGUCAUUUAUGACUUUUAACAUUGUGUACCAUAAGAUACCACCCCGUACCAGGGUGGUCUUGUAUGGUAUUGUGUGGUAUUUUUUGGUCCUGUAAUUUGUUGACCCAAAAAUUUGUAGAUCCAAUAGAUCAUGAUUAACUCGUCCCUUCUGUGCAAACGUUUUCAAAAACGAAUUAAAAACGAAGAAAAUACCAUAUGGUAUGAAGUUGGUACCGAGAGUCCAUAAUUUUUUGUUCUAAAAAAAUAUAGAAAAUUGAUCUCAUUUUGUAGAGCACGAUGAACUCGUUGCACCUGUGCAAAAAAAAUUAAAAUCCGAGUUAAAACGAAAAAAAAUAUGAGUCAAUUAAGAAAGUUAGGUAAAAUAAAAAUGACUUUUCAUUCUCCAUCCAUGAUUAUGCACCCUAUCUUGAGCCCUUUUCAUGUUUGAUUCGGAAGACACAUUUUAUUUACGUUGUUGGACUUUGAGUGAUUUGUAUUUAUAUUUGUUGCUUGCAUUUUGAGGAUUUUAGGCUUUCAGUGCCUACCGCUAAUGCAAAUGAAAUACUUAUUCAACA